ACGGUUUGAGUUUGUUUCCGGAUGUUUAGCUUAGUAUCGGGUAAGAAUGGCUGCGAUGUUUACGUGUUGUCUAGGCUGCUGCGGAGAUGGCGGAUCGGGGCACAUUCCCCUCAAAGAAAUGCCCACGGUUCAGUUAGAUACUCACCACAUGGGCACAGAUGUUGUCAUUGUAAAGAGUGGCCGGAGAAUAUGUGGCACUGGAGGCUGUCUGGCCAAUGCCCCUCUGCACCAGAACAAAAGUUACUUUGAGUUUAAGAUCCAGUCCACUGGUGUGUGGGGAAUAGGUGUGGCCACACAGAAAGUGAAUCUUAAUCAAGUGCCUUUGGGCAGAGACACUAACAGCCUGGUCCUGAGGCAUGAUGGGUCUGUGUACCAUAAUAAUGAAGAGAAGAAUCGCCUACCUGCAAACAGCCUUCCCCAGGAGGGUGAUAUUGUUGGCAUCACAUAUGACCAUGUGGAGCUGAAUUUAUAUCUGAAUGGAAAGAACAUGCAUUGUCCUGCCUCAGGGAUCCGAGGCACUGUAUACCCAGUUGUUUAUGUGGAUGACAGUGCCAUCUUAGACUGCCAGUUUAGUGACUUCUAUCACACACCUCCACAAGGAUUUGAGAAGAUCCUCUUUGAACAACAAAUCUUCUAAAGGAGCACUUCAGCCCCAGCCCCUCUCUACAUUGUCGUCCCCCUCUAUAUCUCAUAGCAACCUCUGUGGCACUACAGUUUGACCUUGAUUGAAUGUGAUCAUAAUGUGUGGCUUGGAUGCUUGUUGUUUUGUUUCCCCUGACUAUUCUCGCUACUGCUGCUCUGGAUUGACGGUGGAGUAUCCUUGAAGAUGUGUGGAUUUCUGAUCCUUGGUCUGCUGUGAUGGGCUGUUACAGUCUAUGCCGGUCGAAACCUCAGAUAAUGACCUUGUAUCAGUGGUAAUAAUCCUGUAUUAACUGAAACACUGCUGAUAAGUCUGUGUUUAGAUGCCAGGAUCAGAAGCCAUGUUUGAUUGUCUUUGCUUUAUGGUCAUGUUAUUCAUAAUGUAAUCUCCUAAAUGCCAAACUGACAUCUCAGCAUACGCCCUAUAUUUAUUUGUAUUUAUUCGAAUCACACAUCAAAGCGAUAUUUCUUUGGUUUGACAGAUGUAAUUGUUUUUGGCCAUCAAGAGUUUGUUGACUGAUUGAGGGUCAGCUGUGGGUACUUACACAUCAUUCAACAAUAUCAAAUUUAUGUUUAUGUUGCCUUCUUUGUUUAAAAAUAUAAUUAAAAGUGGGGAUAUUGCAGCACUUCAUGUCACUGUUUCAAUGUGAGUUGACACAGCUAUGGUUUAAAAUACUAACUCCAGCAAAUCAGCGCACAUUCCGGGGGGAAAGCUAGUGUCUGAGGUUGACACUUCUCACUGAGGUAUGCUGAGGUGAUGGUGCUGGAAAAUGUUUCCUAAAUUGAAACAUUUCUUAAAUGGCUGAGAGUAAUAUCCAUUAAAAUCGAUUCCUAUCUAAUCGCUUCUAUGAACAGUCCUUUAGUUUUCCCACACUUCUCUGUCCUGAAAUCUUUUUAUGGAGUAUUUAUUCUAAAUAUCAGAAUAUUACCAGAGUUGGUGCUGGUUGUCUCUGAUUAGAGAUAAUGUCGUGAAAAAUGUCAAUCUGUUGUGUUGUAUUGGCAUUGCAUAUCCGCUGCUGAAGUGUGAAAGUUAAAUAUUUCAAAUGCUUGUCUUUGUUUGCACUAAUGACGUUAUUGUACAAGAAAAAAAAAUCAAAUAUGGAUUCAUUAAACUUUUGUGUCUGGAGGCA